AACAGCAACCGCCGGCUCUCCACUUGCCUUUUACCAGGUUUUACCCUUCCAGUAUGUUUCAUUUGCUAAGACAUUUUCCAGCGCCCAGAGUUUCAGUACAAUGUGCAAAUGGAUACUGACAAAUGGUGCCUUAGCCUUUUCCCACCUGCCUUGUUGCUGCUUGCUGCUGCUCUUCUUGGUGUCUUCUGUGCCUGUCACCUGCCAUGACCGGGGUCAGGACAUGCUGUCCCCGGAGGCCACCAAUUCUUCAUCAUCAUCCUCUUCUCCCUCCAGUGUGGGGAGACACGCGUGGAGCUAUAGUCACCUCCAAGGAGACGUGCGCAAGAGGAAGCUCUACUCUUACAUCAAGUACUUUCUCAAGAUCGAGAAGAACGGCAAGGUCAGCGGCACGAAGGAGAACUGCCCCUUCAGCAUAUUGGAGAUAACAUCUGUAGAAAUUGGAGUUGUGGCAGUUAAGUCCAUUAAGAGCAACUAUUAUUUAGCCAUGAACAAGAAAGGAAAGGUCUACGGCUCUAAGGAGUUUAACAGUGAUUGCAAAUUGAAGGAAAGAAUAGAAGAAAAUGGAUAUAACACAUAUGCAUCCUUAAAUUGGAAGCACAAUGGAAGGCAAAUGUUCGUGGCCCUGAGUGGAAGGGGAGCCACAAAGAAAGGACAGAAAACAAGAAGGAAAAACACUUCAGCUCACUUUCUUCCAAUGGUAGUAAUGCCAUAGAUGAAGGAACUAUUUUAUCGAUGCAGUUGAACCAAAGGCUCUUAUGUCAAGAAUAUGUGGCAAUCCUCUUGAAGAGUAAAUUCAAGCAAAUAGUGCAGACAUCUGCUUGUUUUUAAAGAGAGCAGGGAAAGCCUUUGAAGGUUUUGUAUUCAUUGAAAUACUUUUUAGUUCAGUGUCAUAUCUUAUAAUCUAUAUACAAGCUGGAUCAAAUGUAAGUUAUUGCCAGCAUGAACAAUUUUUGUUAAUCUCUGCAACAGAACUUA